AUGAUGGAAGGUAACGUAGUACAUCCACACCCGGGUGUGGUGCCGGGUGGUAUUCCGGGUGUGGUACAUGGUUUGGCGGUUCACGGGGCUGGCCCAGAUGGUGAACAUGCACCUCACGGCCCGCGUCGCCGGUACCAAAACCGACCUAAGCCUCCAAAUAAUUUGGAACGUUUACCACUUGAUGAGGCUGCAAAGAGAGAAAUGGAAGCUUUGCCAUUGAAAACACCAGUGUCUGUCCUUCAAGAACUAUUAGCUCGUCGUGGUACUGUACCAAAGUAUGAACUAGUUCAAAUCGAAGGAAUGAUUCAUGAACCAACUUUCCGCUACCGCGUCACUGUUGCUGACCUUGUUGCAAUGGGCACUGGCCGUUCCAAAAAGGAGGCUAAGCACUCUGCUGCUAAGGCUCUUUUGGACAAAUUGACUGGAGCGGCACCUGCUGAUCAAAAUACCAAUGGCACUGUCCCUGAACCGAGCACUGUGGUAUCAUCAUUUGAAGAUAAAUUAAUGGGAAAUCCUGUUGGUUGGCUCCAAGAGUUGUGUAUGUCGCGCUUUUGGCCACCACCUUCUUAUCACGCUGAGAAUGAUGAUAAUGUAAAUAGGCGUCUUCCACAUGAGCGUCAAUUCACGAUUGUGUGUACUCUAUUAAAACGCCGCGAAGUAGGCACGGGCAAGUCUAAGAAACUUGCUAAGCGCCAAGCAGCUUAUAAGAUGUGGCAAGCUCUGCAGGAUAAUCCUCCAGAAUCAUUCCAACCUGAAGAAGAGGGCGGAGUAGCAGCCCGUUAUGCCGACCUGAAAGAUAGUAAAAUCUCCACUCUGACUACCAGUCACAGCCACAAGGUGUCGCAGUUUCACAAACAUCUCAAACAGUCUGUCGGCCCUAACCUGGCCAAGUUGCAGGUGACUCCCCUGAACAACAAGGACUUCAACUUUGUUCAGUUCUUGCAAGAGAUAGCAUCCGAGCAAUCAUUUGAAGUGACAUAUGUAGAUAUUGAAGAAAAGUCAAUGACUGGGCGUUGUCAAUGUCUUGUGCAGCUUUCUACUUUGCCAGUGGCUGUUUGUUAUGGAUCAGGACUCACCAGCAAGGAUGCUCAGUCUUCUGCGGCCCAGAAUGCUCUUGAGUACCUUAAGAUCAUGACUAAAAAGUGA